AGAGGUGAUUUCGGCCUUAUUGGCUUGGCCGUCAUGGGCCAGAACCUGAUCCUCAACGCCGCUGAUCACGGUUUCAACGUCGUGGCCUUCAACCGUACCGUCUCCAAGGUUGACCACUUCCUCGCAAAUGAGGCCAAGGGCAAGUCCAUUGAGGGCGCCCACUCCAUCGAAGAGUUCGUCAGCAAGCUCAAGAAGCCCCGCCGCAUGAUGCUCCUCGUCAUGGCGGGCAAGCCCGUCGACGACUUCAUCGAGACCCUCCUGCCACACAUCGAGCCGGGCGACAUCAUCAUCGACGGUGGUAACUCGCAUUUCCCAGACACCAACCGCCGGACAAAAUACCUGGCCAGCAAGGGCAUCCGAUUCGUCGGUACCGGUGUCUCUGGUGGUGAGGAGGGUGCCCGAUUUGGCCCCUCAUUGAUGCCCGGUGGUAACGAGGAGGCCUGGCCAUACAUCAAGGAUAUCUUCCAGAGCAUCGCCGCCAAGAGCGACGGCGACGCUUGCUGUGAGUGGGUCGGUGACGAGGGUGCUGGUCACUAUGUCAAGAUGGUGCACAACGGUAUUGAGUAUGGUGACAUGCAAUUGAUUUGCGAAGCCUACGACAUCAUGAAGCGCGGUCUCGGUAUGAACGACAAGGAAAUUGGUGAUGUCUUCGCCAAGUGGAACAAGGGGGUUCUCGACUCCUUCCUGAUCGAGAUCACUCGCGAUAUCAUGUACUACAACGACGACGACGGAACCCCUCUCCUUGAGAAGAUCCUCGACUCUGCUGGACAGAAGGGUACCGGUAAAUGGACCGCGAUCAACGCCCUCGACCUCGGAAUGCCCGUCACCCUGAUUGCCGAAGCUGUGCUCUCCCGUUGCUUGUCCUCCCUCAAGGAGGAGCGUACCCGUGCCUCCAAGGUUCUGGAAUUCGUUGGCCGCUCGAACAAGUUCGAGGGCAACAAGGAGCAGUUCCUCGAGGAUCUGGAGCAGGCCUUGUACGCGUCGAAGAUCAUCUCAUAUGCCCAGGGCUUCAUGUUGAUGCAAGAGGCUGCCAAGGAGUACGGCUGGAAACUGAACAAGCCAUCCAUCGCCCUCAUGUGGCGCGGUGGUUGCAUCAUCCGCUCAGUCUUCCUCAAGGACAUCACUGCCGCCUACCGCGCCAACAAUGACCUCGAGAACCUCCUGUUCAACGACUUCUUCAACAAGGCUAUCCACAAGGCGCAACCCGGAUGGCGUGAUGUUGUCGCCAAGGCGGCUCUCCUGGGUAUCCCAACCCCUGCUUUCUCGACCGCGCUGUCAUGGUUCGAUGGUUACCGCACCAAGGACCUCCCCGCCAACCUGCUCCAAGCCCAGAGAGAUUACUUCGGUGCCCACACCUUCAAGAUCAAGCCAGAGUUCGCCAACGCCAAGUACAAGGUUGGUGACAACAUCCACGUCAACUGGACUGGGCGUGGUGGAAACGUUUCUGCGUCGACAUACCAGGCAUAGGUUUGAAUUCAGGGGAUGUUUUUUUUUAACUACAUAAACUCAUCAUAGAUAGUCAUUUAAAAAACGGCUGAGUUGAUCAAUCGUCUUACGUGCCUGUCAUCAUUCUCAUUCACUUGUGGGUGAGUGGUAAUUGAAUCCCUAAGGAGGAUCAAUGUACACGACCAAUUAGCCUUAGCUAAUAGAUGACAUGACAAAAGUAUAUGGAUCGACCCCUAAAUACCCAUCAAUAC